AUGUGGACUCCGGUAACGUUUACAAGCGACAAUAGCGUUCCACCAUCAAGAUCCAAGCAUAGUGCUGCUGUUCACGGAAACCACWUYUAUGUGGUCGGCGGUCGAAAUGGCAAUUGGCCCUUGAAAGACAUAUGGAGAUACGCCCUGUCAAAUAACACCUGGGAACAGUURCACCCGACAGGAGAUUCAUUGCAAAAUUUGCAAGAACAUACAGCAGUCGUUUAUCAAGACAAGGUAUACGUUUUUGGCGGAGAAGUGGGGUUUUCGUCUGCCUCUGAGUCUCCACUAUGGUCUUACAGUAUUAAGGAUAAUCAAUGGAAAAAAGUCAAAGGAAAAUCCGGUUCAAAUGUACCAAAAGGCAGAAGAGGUCAUACGGCRUUAGUCUACAGAAAUUCAAUGAUUAUUUAUGGAGGAUAUAGGGACCUAAAAGGAUCCACGAAUGAAAUGUGGGCUUACCACUUCGAUACUGAUUCGUGGCAUUUACUUUCUCAAGGAAGAGUAUUACCUCCAGCGAGACACAAACAUUCAGCAAUUAUACAUGACGAUGUUAUGUGGGUGUAUGGGGGAAUGACCGAUUUACAUGAACGAUCAGAUUUGUGGAAAUUUGAUUUUGUAAAGAAAAAAUGGAGUGUAUUGAAGACUAAAGUAAAUCCAGGUUUAUUGCAUGGCCACAGUGCUUCCAAAGUUAUGGGUUCUAUGAUUAUUUUUGGUGGAAAAAAAGGAGGGCAGAUUAGUAAUGAUUUGUGGAAGUUUUAUUUUGCUACCGAGACUUGGGAAAAAGUGCACACCACCUACCCGCAGCCUCCACCGAUCUGUGAAGCUGUGACACUGACGGUAUCGGAAACAACGUCGAUUUCGACGACCAAAAGCAACCGCGAGAACGGCGUGCAGUCACCCAUCGUCUCCCGGCGAUCCAGGAGCGGCCGAUCUGCGGACAGGCAACAGCAAAGCGGCAACGGUGAUCACGGCGGCCACUCGCAUCAGUGGCAUCACCAAUGCCGAUCCGAGUCUCGGACGUCGUCUUUGGGUGGCUCGAACGUGAACAUCCUAAAAGAGAUAUCGAAAUUGUCGCAACUCAACCUGUACCGGCUGGCACACAACAAGACCUACAGCGUUCUGAGCAGCACGGACAGCGUGUUGUCUGCCGACGCUUCACACGUGCAGCAACAACAGCAAAACAUGGUCAAGUCGCAGUCRGCGAAUGUUAUCGCCCGGUCGCUGAUAUCGCCGGUGGUGUCGAACGCGUCUCCGCCCGGCUACAAAUCGUCGUUCCCGCCRUGCAGGAUGCCCCGAGACCCCAUGUCCGUGCCCAAUUUCGGCGUGGCCCUGACCCCGGUCGAGGCCACCAAGCUCGUAUAUCUGGAGGGCGAGGAGGCGCCAAGCCCGCGCGUCGAGUUCGAUCAUGAUUUCGGGUCCGUACACAUGCGGUUCCACCCCAACGGGCCAAUGUCGUCCGGGUCGUCGACGCUCAACAAAACGCUCAACCGACGCAGCUACCCGAUGACUAGUUCUGCGUCCGCUCGAUUCGGUAACCCGUACAGCACGCCAGAGGAACCAGGAGACAUCACUUCCGGUUACGUCAGCAUCGAGACUGUACACCAGUCGCCAAACAGCGGCGACGGGCCCAUGUGCUUUUCCAACCCAAACUACAUGGUGUCCGACAUACAGAACGCCAUAUCCAAAGGUGAUUACGUCAAGCUCAACAGCCCGCCGGAUAGCUUGCUGGAGGACAGCGAUAACGCGUUCGAAAUGCGCGAAAUGAACCGUCCGGCGCCGCCCAAGACUCUKGCGCUCAACUCGUCGACGGCGUUCAACUCGAGUUCGGACGUUCGGUCGUCGACGAAAUCAGCGAGGGCCGCGAGCGCUGGACGUGUGUCGGCGAUGAGUCGAGGCGGCGGCGGUGGAGGCGGCGCAGUCGUCGAGCACCAUCAAGUCAAAGAAUACGCGGUGUACCUUUUGGGUGGCAUGGAACACGACGGUUCCGUGACGGUGUUCAAAAAGCCCAUGGCCGUGUGGAAGCUCAGCAUGUUCUUCAGAAACGUGCAGUGACGGCGAUAAUAUAUAUAAAUAUAAUAAUUCGCUUAGGGGGUGGGCGUGGGGAGGGUCUUGUAAACUGUCCGAGUCGUCAUUAAUUCAUCAUAAUUGGCGAUAGCUACUUUUUACUUUGUAUAGUAAGUGUAUAUAACAUGAUGGGUGUAAGAGUUCAAUAAUUCACGACCUAUCGCGAACGGGGUAAAGAUACCACGCGAAAAACUUGCACAAUUGCGCUGCAACCCGUGAACUGUUGUACUUCCUGAACAAAUGCAACUCGUGUCGUGUGACUUGAUUACUUAUAGGUAGCGGUUUUAGGUAUAUUACUUACAAUAUAGAGUAUUAAUUAAUUGUAUUAUUAUUAUUAUUUAUUACUUAUUAAUAAUUUAUAAUCGUGCCACGAAGUUUCUAAUACGGUUUUCUCUGUAAACGACGUUAAGAGAGUAAACAUUAUUACGACUGUACUUUUAUCAUAAUAUUACAUUGUUUUCCACAAAUUAUUAUCUGCAACGUUCAGGCCCGGUAAAAAAUAAUUGCGUAGAGUGGAUUUUGUCCGUCCGUAGUCAUAGCGUCCGUCCAUCAACAGAAACGACUCCAAUGUAUAUAGAUAAAAAACUAUGACGAAUAUUUUACAAACCAAUGAACAUGAUAUCAGAUAUAGCAAUAAUCAAUUGAUACCAUAGGKAAUUUUCUUUUUCAAUAUAUACUUUUACAAUACCCUAUUGUAAUACUAAUAAAUUGUUUACGAAUAUGUUCACAGUGUAUAAUGUGUAAUCAAGCAGAUAUAGGUAGGUGAAUAUGUAAUGAGCGUGAUUUUCGCAUGCUAAUAAAAUGUGCCAAAAUCAAAAUAUUAAUUCUAAUUAUUUUAUUUUAUUAAGAACAAUUAUUAAGUUAAUAAAAUUAUCUCCCUAAAUUGUAGGUAAAAAUAAUUAAUAAAACUCAUGUGCCAUUGUCGUAUUUUUGUCGAUAUACCUAGAUAACAUUAUAUUAUAUUUUAUAUCGAAGUUCAGUUUAAAAAUUCUUUUUGUGCUUUUUUUUCUAAACAGUGACUGAAAUCCUGCCAUUUUUAUCUUUCGUAUUAACUAAAUAUUGUUUAGCCAUGUUGUGGAGUUUAAAAUUAUCUCUCGUUAUUUAAGUGAAAGAAUGAAAUGAUGUGUGUAUAAUAUCAUACACACUCGAUUAAAAUAUUACACCAAGAUGUUCACACGAUUUAAAUUUUAUUAUAGUAUACCUACUGUUUUCCGAGCCAAAUAUUAUCCAAGUAUUUACUAUAAUUUGUGUAAUGUUAU